GUACCUGGCCAAGCUGUCAUCGGUGGGCAGCAUCUCCGAAGAGGAGACCUGUGAGAAGCUCAAAGGCCUGAUCCAGAGGCAGGUGCAGCUGUGCAAGCGGAACCUGGAGGUGAUGGACUCGGUGCGCCGGGGCGCCCAGCUGGCCAUCGAGGAGUGCCAAUACCAGUUCCGGAACCGACGCUGGAACUGCUCCACACUGGACUCCCUGCCUGUCUUCGGGAAGGUGGUGACACAAGGGACUCGGGAGGCGGCCUUUGUGUACGCCAUCUCUUCAGCAGGUGUGGCCUUUGCAGUAACAAGGGCGUGCAGCAGUGGAGAGCUGGAAAAGUGUGGCUGUGACCGGACAGUGCACGGGGUCAGCCCACAGGGUUUCCAGUGGUCAGGAUGCUCGGACAACAUCGCCUAUGGCGUAGCCUUCUCACAGUCCUUUGUGGACGUACGGGAGAGAAGCAAGGGAGCCUCCUCCAGCAGGGCACUCAUGAACCUUCACAACAACGAGGCCGGCAGAAAGGCCAUCUUGACCCACAUGCGGGUAGAAUGCAAGUGCCACGGGGUGUCAGGCUCCUGCGAGGUAAAGACGUGCUGGCGAGCUGUACCACCCUUCCGCCAGGUGGGCCAUGCACUAAAGGAGAAGUUUGAUGGUGCCACAGAGGUAGAGCCACGUCGUGUGGGCUCCUCCCGGGCACUGGUACCACGGAAUGCACAGUUCAAGCCACAUACAGAUGAGGACCUGGUGUACCUGGAGCCCAGUCCAGACUUCUGCGAGCAGGACAUGCGCAGUGGUGUGCUGGGCACGAGGGGCCGCACAUGCAACAAAACGUCCAAGGCCAUUGAUGGCUGUGAGCUGCUGUGCUGCGGCCGUGGCUUCCACACGGCACAGGUGGAGUUGGCCGAGCGCUGCGGCUGCAGGUUCCACUGGUGCUGCUUCGUCAAGUGCCGACAGUGCCAGCGACUCGUGGAGAUGCACACAUGCCGGUGACUGUGCUCAGCAUCACCUGCGUGGCCCAGGGAAGGCCAAUAAUUUAAACAGUCUCCCACCACCUACCCCAAGACAUACUGGUUGUAUUUUUUGUUUUGGUUUGGUUUUUGGGUCCUCAAGUUAUUUAUUGCCAAAAAUAGGCAGGCAACCCCAAGGGCGCCAACCAGGGCCUCCCCGAGCCUGAGCCUUUUUGUGUGGCUGCCACUGACCAAAGGGACUGUUUGUUUAUGCCUCUGACUGUCCACAUUGACCACUGCUGACUACUCAGCUGUUGUCGGUGUCUCUUUUUCUACGUGUAGACUAAAAAGUGGGUAACAAGCAGUGAUUGUGGACCCACCGUCCAGGGACAGCAGGUUCCAUCUUGGUGGAAUCUGUAUCACUGGCGAUAAAGAAGGAGCUUGUGCCUCUGCACCCCACAUACACAGGGACGGAUGGUAAUCUGAGCCUGGUAGCCCUGGCUCUUAAGGUCCCUAGAAAGGGAAGGCACAGGUACCAGGAUAAAGGCUAAGGGCUCUUCUCAGCCCACACACGAGCAGCGAGAUUGCAGGCAGGAAGGGGCAAUAAGGCCCACCUGAGGCCAGCCUGCCUCAGUCUCCCCCCUUGGAAAGGGAAACUGUCCCUACCCCUAGACCCUCCUACGCAGGGUACGGCUGGCAUCCUGGAUCAGAGCCUAGCUUGGGCCUAGCAAGUCACCUCCCCAUGAGUCACCCUCACGGUGCUGCCCUCUGUGACCCUGAGAAUGGAAAUGUCACACAGAGAAACAGAAAAGGACUGUGCAGAGAUCCUGCCCUACGAUAUCUCACUCACUUAACAAAAUUUAUUGAGUAAACACUAUGCCCUAGGCCCUGUCCUGGGGUAUCUCCCUUGGUGACCACCUAUGUCCUGGGAACAAACAUAGAGGCACAUGCCCUCUUUACAGCAGGUAGUCAUGCCUGUCAGCGCCAUACAACCUUGGCAGAGGCAAAGCCAGGCUCUUCCUUAAUCUCUGUAUCCAAUGGCAGAGAUACACAGGUCUCCUUGGGCCUGAGCAAUGGGACAGGAGCUCUGGCUAGAAUAAAAGGUACAGGGAGGCAGGAGAAGCCAGGCGGGGCUGGGGUCCACAUGGUUGCAGAGGAAUAAGAGGCUGAGGCAAGAAGGGGAAGAGCUGGAAGGCGACUAGUGACGUCUCAGAAUUCAAGGCACCUCCAUCCCCAGGACCUCAGGUCCCUAAGGCCCUGAGUACAGUAAGGACAAAAGAUUCCUCAAGGAACAGCAUCAGUAGCUGGUGGCUGGCCCAUUGCACCAGCCAAAUUAUCAAGAACCUACCAAGUGUUCUGCACACAAGACACAGAGACCCAGCUUCUCAGUGGAUGACCAAUCCUCAGAGGAACUUCCCAGCAUGGUCUCCAAGUUUCUCCCAUGUCCAGGACUCCAGGUUUGAUGUCUUCAACUCUGAGAUCCCCUUUGGGACUCUGAAAUCACAAGCUCUUUGCUAAUGGGUGGUGCGAACGCAAAACCCAGGAUUCCGAAUAUGGGCUCAGGCCUGUACAAACUCUCCUGUGGUUUGUGCCUCCUGGCGUUGGCUCCCUCACGAAGAGGGUCAACACCCUUGGCCCCCAUCCAAAGCUCUCUGUUCACUGUCCAUCUGAAGAGGCAGCCAAAACCAAGUGAGGUGCUGGAACCACAUUCAAAUGCAGGGAUAAUCUUGGGCAGGCUGUCUCUGAUGUGGAUGAAAGCUGAGCUGACCAAGGGUCCCCACAGCUGCCCAGCUGGGCCCACUGCUCCUCUGGCAGACUUGGUUCAGCACCAGGGAAGAUAGGGCCCCUCCUAAAGUCAGGCCCAGAUAAAGGAAGCAGGGGAGAUGUCCCUUCAGACGAUGCUGAGCCAGGAACCCCAUCCAGAAGCAGUGGGAUCCAGACUGCUUACUCAUUUGAUGGACACUGUCCCAAGAAGGAGGGUACCUAGCUCCCCUAAUAUGCUCCUCCCGGGGUUCUGCAGGCUGUGACCAGGUGAACCAGACCACAGGCUCGAACCACUGUCAAGGCCACAGGAAUCCACGGCCACAGAAAAAGAGCAUCGUUGGACCUGUCCAGCUCCAAACUGUCUCAAAUACAAAGAGCUGGCUGAGGGCUGGCAUAGCUACCACACUUGAGUCACAAAGGACCCAGGAAAUUGGCCAGAAGGUCUACAUCCUACCUGAACCACUCUCUACUGUUCUUGUCACAAGGCAAAAGUGGUAUUCCUCCAAGGCCAGGGCUGGAUAAACCCAGCUCUGGAUGCUGCUACCCUACUCUGCUGCCCCACCCCAUCCUCCAGUUUUUAUACGAGGCUCCUUGGCAUUGUGACAUCCCCAUGGCAUAGUCUGAGAUGCACGAUAAAAUGGUUAUUUCUUUACCUGGAAAUUGUAGCUGUGACUUUUUUAAUAUAGAAUAGGGAGAGGAGAGAGACUUCGGGAAGGACAUGGAUAAAACAGGUACUAUGUGCUAAGUAUUUGUUAAGUGAAUUCUAAGUAUAGGAACAUUCCACCCUGGCCUUUUUGCUUCUGAAGAACUAGUCUGAAGCCUACCAGGACCCAUCUAUAUGCUGUCUGAAAUCAGCCAUCAUCGGCAGCUUGGUCUACACCUCACUAAGCCAUGACCAGCUUUGUAAACUUUGCCCUGACUGAACUGAUCAUUCCUUUCAAGAGUUUGUGUGUGGAUAGGGACCUGACAAAGCAGAUGUUGAUGCAGGACACAGGGGACCAUGGAACAGACCACAUUCCCAUCUUGAGACAAAGGAACCCAAGACCUGUGACUAGAGAAGAAUUCAGUAAGUAGAAACAGUCAUAAUGGAGGGGAAGGUUUAUAGGACAAUAACAUGACAUGAACCUCUAACACACACACACAUUCUCAGCUGAGGAUCCUUGCAAUGUGGAGACCCAGGGAACCGCCAUUCUCGCUGGUGAGUCCCUCACCUUUCACCAACCUGUCCCCACUCACAUCGAUGAUCAAAUGCACUGCAGCCUGGAACAGGCAGGCUAUGUGUCUGGCUUUCUAAAUACACGCUGACAGUA